UAUUCCCACAUUUUCUAUUAAUUAAUCGUUAAUUACUCGACCCAUUUCGACAACUAAAAUCUAUAUAAUCCCACAUCCGUACUUCACACCAAUACACAACUUACUACUACUAUCUUUGAUCAAAUCAGAAAGAAAGAAAAAAAGAUAAAAUGGCCAAAUUAUCCAAUAUUGCUUUAAUUUCAUUAAUUUCGUGCUUGUUCGUGUCCACGCUAGAUGCAUACGCCACCAACGUGAAGGGAAAAACAUUCCUCCGUCGCAUCCGCGGCGAGAAAGAAAAAGUGGUGAAGCUCACUUUCUACGUGCAGGAUCUGCGCGUGGGCAACCCUAACCCCAUCGUGUACGAGGUCGCGUCGGCCUCCGUCACCAGCAGCUCCCCGACGAGCUUCGGGAGCGUCCACGUCGUGGACGACCUGCUGACGGAGAAGCCGGCCUACGGCUCCCGCGCCGUGGGCCGGGUGCAGGGGCUCACCACCUCGGCCGACCUGUCGGUGAACGCGGUGGCGAUCAACCUCAACUUCUAUUUCACGACGGGGCGGUUCAACGGCAGCACCAUCAGCGUGCUCGGGCGCAACCCCGUGGCGGAGGCGCAGCGGGAGCUGCCGGUCGUCGGCGGCACCGGCGCGUUCCGGUACGCGCGCGGGUACGCGGUGACGAGCAACACGUAUAACGAUGCGGAGACGCACUACUCUGUGCUGCAGUACACCAUAUACACCACCUACAACGCGAAGCUCAACGAGAGUGAUGAUGCUGAGGUUGAUGAAAUGUGAUGUCGAUCAACUAUGCAAUAAAUAAGCACAAGCGAGCGUGCGUGUUUGCUUUGGUAGCUAGGUUAAUUAAUUUCAAUUUUUAAUUACCAUGGAUGCUGUAUUUUAUUUUCGUUUGCUAGUGCAAAUGGUGCAUGAUUGAGUUUUGUGUUGCGAUGAUUA